CCUCUGACUUCGCCGAGCGCGUUCGCGUUGCUGGGCAGCCGUUAACUUCCCUUCCGCGAACACUCCCCACGGUCCUGCUGGGUGGCAGUCGCUGCGAGGGUGUGGGGCACAGACCCCAGCCUCAGGAGCCGGGGAGCUGUUCAUGUCGCCCCACGGGCCUGGGGCCAGCCACGGUAGGGCCGCGGGCCCGCUGAGUGCCCAGGGAGGGAAUCCUGAAUGCUGGGGGAAGGGCGCGCAAAGGCCAGGAAACAGAAGUCCAGCGUGGGACGGCUGAGCCCGGGCCCCAGGGCGUUGGGGCUGGCAGAGCCCGAGGGUGGGGAGGGGGCCGAUGGCAGGGGCCUCUGCUGCUGAAUGCUGAGGCCUCUGAGGCCUCGGGGCUUGAGUCAGGCGGGUUUGCCUUUUGGAAAUCAUCCCAGGAAACACCUCCACAGGCGGGUGGAGCUACGGGGUGGGGCCUUUGUGCGGCUGGGCCUCUGGGAGGGCAGCCUGGGACCCGCGGGGCUCCCCUCGUCCCCCUCCGGCCACGAGGGCACGUCACUGGCCACACCAGAAGCUGGCAGGCUAGAUGUUCUGCCACGUGAGUCUGUCCCACAAGCUAGAAGCCCGUGGGAGAGCGAGCGGGGGCUCAGGAUCUGCAGGCAGGAACCAGCGGGGAUCCCCGUGCGCCCAGGAUGGCCUCCUGGGCUGGGGGGGCGGUUCUGAAACAGGGAGUCUUAACCUGAGAAACCCUCCAGGGCGGGCAGUGGAAAGACGGGGCCGAAGCCUCCGGACCAGCGUGAGUUUGCCGAGGGUGGGGCAGAGGGAAACCUCGAGGGCUCUUUCCCUCGGCAGACGCCGCCCGUGCAGGGCACAGACUGGCCGAGGGAAUCCGACCAGACUUCCUGGAGGCGGCACCGACUCCUAAGCGGGGAAGGCGCUUCACUCACCUGCUGCUACGGGGAGCCUGAGUGACCAAGGUCCCGCCGCCCCCUCCUGGUGCCUGCACCUGUCAGGGACACGGGGGGGAACUGAGGCAGGCCCAUCCUGGGAGACACGGGACUCCUUUGCGGCCGGCUUUGCCCCCCCUCCUGGUCUCGGGCAGCCGUGUCCCCAGCCUGACCGCUCCCACCCUUCCUGCUUUCACACUGGCCUUCCCCGGUAAGAUCCUGCACACCAAACCGCACUUGGUGGGCCGCUUGGGGGACCGGGACCGGCACAGGUUCUAAGGACACAGGAGCCGACCGGAGAAGGGAAGGGAUCUCCACACAUACGAGGACCCCCAAGGUGACUCGUGUGUCCUGACGGGUGGGCAGUAAUGUCAUGGCCAGGGCGAGGAAGCCCGGGGGGCGGGCAUGGGAGACCUUAGGUGGGAGGGGAGGAGCUGGCCCCCGGAGAGGCAGCCCCCCCAGAGCAGGAGCAGAGGCCUGGUGUCCUCAGGUCAACACUUCGGACCAGCGUCUGCCCUGUGCAGUCAUGACUUCUCCCGUGUAACAAGCAGGGAACCUGAGGCUUGGGUAGGGUCCCGUCUGAGCCCGGGUUUCGGAUCCACAGCCUCUGGCUUUCUGUUUGGUCCCUAAAUGCACAGCAACGGGACUCACACACGUGCUGCUUGGCACCGUGGCCAGGCUCUGGGGCCCACCCUUCUCGGCCCUCACUCAGACUGGAGGGAGGUCGCCACCCCGGCCACCCACGUGUGCCAGAGGGGGAAACCGAGGCGGAGUCACGUGGCCGCCCUGAGAAGAGGCAGGGGCGCGCUGGCGGACGCGGGCUGGGGACACGGGGCGGGGCCGGCCCUCUGCCGCCCACCUGGACGGUGGACGUGUAAUGGAAACCAGGCCCCCAGCACCUUCCUCAAGUCAUCGACAGCGGCCCGAAGCUCGUAAAACACAGACCGACACUCGAGGCUCCCGGCCCGGAAGCCGCCCUGCGGCGCAAAUGCAGGCUCGGGACUCUGCCCUUUGCCGCGGCCGCGCCCUCCCGGCUGCGACGACUCUGGGGGAGAGGGACGCACUCGCCAGAGACCGCGAAGCCUCGGUUUCCGCAGGCGGGGCUGUGUGCUCCGCGGACGUGGACGCGGGUGUCACUUAUCCAGAGGUCAGACUGCAGUUCGGCCUUGCAGUGAUUCGUGGCCCAGCGUGAAUCAUGAUCUUCGUUUCGGGCCAGUUUGCCAGCCCCUGCAGCCCAGACUGCCAGACGAGGCUCCUUUGUCAAGGCCGUGCCCUUGGUCGACAGGGCGCGAUCUGGCCGGCCCAGCGCCACUGAGCUGCACAUGGAGACCCCCGGGCCCCUCCCUCACACGCCCCCCCUGUUCCUUAGAGGAUGUGGGGGCGUGGUUCCAGCUCCGAGCCAAGGGCCGGCAGGUGCCCUUGGGGGUCAAGAGAAGCCAGGGAGGGCCGCCGCUGUCUGCUGUCACCCCAAGCUGCUUAUCCAGGGCUUUGACAGAGCCCCGGUCCCCCCUAAACCAGGUAGGACAACUAACCGGGGGCAUCAGACGCUGCUCGCGGGACCGGCUCUUCCGUUAACGCCCUGCAGUGAAGUUGGAAACCAGGAGGGGGGCACGCGGAUGACUAACGCCUCGGGGCUCCUGGGAACAUGGCCACGGCCGAGCCCCGGGCCGGCUGUGCCCACCGUGCCCGCCGGGCCGCAGAUGGACCGCAUGGGGAACAGCUCCCAGGGCGCCUCCCAGCUCUUCCUCACCACCGCGCUGGCCCGCGGCAUCUCGGGGGUCUUUGUGUGGACCGCCCUGGUGCUCACCUGCCACCAGAUCUACCUGCACCUGCGCUCCUACACGGUCCCCAACGAGCAGCGCUACAUCAUUCGCCUGCUCUUCAUCGUGCCCAUCUACGCCUUCGACUCCUGGCUCAGCCUCCUCCUCCUGGGGGGCCACCAGCACUACGUCUACUUCGCCUCGGUGCGUGACUGCUAUGAAGCCUUUGUCAUUUACAGCUUCCUGAGCCUCUGUUUCCAGUACCUGGGGGGCGAGAGCGCCAUCAUGGCCGAGAUUCGGGGGAAGCCCAUCCGGUCAAGCUGCAUCUACGGCACCUGCUGCCUCCAGGGCAUGUCCUACUCCAUCGGCUUCCUUCGCUUCUGCAAGCAGGCCACACUGCAGUUCUGCAUCGUGAAGCCCAUCAUGGCCGCGGUCACCAUCGUUCUGCAGGCGUUCGGCAAAUACCACGAUGGGGACUUCAACAUCCACAGCGGCUACCUCUACAUCACCCUGGUCUACAACGUCUCUGUCAGCCUGGCCCUCUACGCCCUGUUCCUUUUCUACUUGGCCACCAGGGAGCUCCUGCAGCCCUUCGAGCCUGUCCUCAAGUUCUUCACCAUCAAGGCCGUCAUCUUCCUCUCUUUCUGGCAGGGGAUGCUGCUGGCCAUCCUGGAGAAGUGUGGGGUCAUCCCCGAGGCCCAGGUCAUCGACGGGAGCAAGGUAGGGGCCGGCACACUGGCCGCGGGCUACCAGAACUUCAUCAUCUGCAUCGAGAUGCUGUUUGCCUCCAUCGCCCUGCGCUAUGCCUUCACCGUCCAGGUCUACGCGGAGAAGGAGAGCUCGCCAGCCCCUGAGGCACCCAUGCACAGCAUCUCCAGCGGCCUCAAGGAGACCAUGAGCCCACAGGACAUCGUGCAGGACGCCGUCCACAACUUCUCACCCGCCUAUCAGCACUACACCCAGCAGGCCACUCACGAGGCCCCGAGCCCUGGUGCCCACCCCAGUGUGGCCGGAGGCUCUGGCGGCCUCAGGAAGAGUCGCAACGUGGAGAAGAGAAUGCUGAUCCCCGCAGAGGACCUGUAGGAGGGCCACGGGGACACCGGCCACCUGCCUGGACCAGGCUGCCCAGGCCUCUGGGAAAGCACAGGGCCCCUCACCCUCUUGCCAAAGGUGAAGCCCCUCCUGGGAGCCCUGGUGCCAGGCCGGCGGCACCACUUCCCAGCCUUCCUCCCGCCAGCAGGCCCGUGGCCCCAGGAGAGGGCGCCUGAGUUUAUCUGACGAACCGGGAACCCACCGGGCUCACCUGGCCGUCAUGGGGCUGUCGUGAGGCAGGCACCGGCAGGGCAGGGGCGGAUGGACGGACCUCACUCUGGGCCCUGGGAGAGCGAGGCAGCCCCGGCCUGAGGACACCGGAGCUGUAGGCGCUACGGGCCGGUGGGGGCAGGGGACUGGGCUGGGCAGAGCUGCUUUGCACCCCCUCCAGCCCUGGGGACUCCUGAAAAGCCCCCACCCGGGGAAGGCGUGCCUGAUGAGGCUCUGGGAGGUGCCCAGGGCCACCUGCACAGAACCUUCACCCUGGGCAGCCCGCGAAGCGUGUGGGGCUCCUGGGGGCAUCACCUAUUUAUACAUAAACAGCCUGCGUUUUCUAGUGA